CCCCUGUGUCCCAAGGCCCCGCCUCCCCGUUGUGCUGAGCACAAGGCUUCUACUCUAGGCUUUUCGGCUUGUACGGGGCCCGCAGGCCUGCUGCGGGGAGUGUGGGAACUGUCGCACCGCUCACGGCCUGUAGUGCCCUUGGACACUUUGCUAAAUUCAGACUCUCUUGUGCAUGGAGGAACUGGAGCAAGGCCUGUUGAUGCAGCCAUGGGCGCGGCUACAGCUUGCUGAGAACUCCCUCCUGGCUAAAGCUUAUAUUACUAAGCAGGGCUAUGCCUUGCUGGUUUCAGAUCUUCAAGAGGUGUGGCACGAGCAGGUGGAUGCCAGUGUGGUCAGCCAGCGAGCCAAGGAGCUGAACAAGCGCCUGACUGCCCCCCCUGAGGCUUUCCUCAGUCAUUUGGAUGAUCUGCUUCGCCCACUGUUGAGGGACAUGGAUUGCCCUGGAAAAGCUACCUUCUCCUGUGAUCACGUGGCAGAGGCACUGAUACUGCGGGUGCGGAGUGAGCUCUCCGGUCUCCCCUUCUGCUGGAAUUUCCACUGCAUCCCAGCUAGCCCUUCCCUGGUCUCCCAGCAUUUGAUUCGUCCCCUGAUGGGCAUGAGCCUGGCCCUGCAGUGCCAAGCGAGGGAGCUGGCCACGCUGCUUCGCAUGAAGGACCUGGAGAUCCAGGACUACCAGGAGAGCGGGGCCGCGCUGAGCCGAGAUCGGCUGAAGACAGAGCCGUUUGAAGAAGCAUCUUUCUUGGAACAGUUUAUGGUAGAGUGCGGUGUAACCAACGGCAGCAUCUCCUCUCCCCCGCAGAGACUGCCAGAGGCAUGCAGUGUUGGGGACGGAAGACCCUUUGUCACGCAUCUACAGAACCUGUACACGGCAGUCACCAGACGAGAGGCCCAAGCGAGGCAGAAGCUCAGAGACGCCGGAGAUCCUCAGGCCUCGGGUAGUGCCUCCCCCCACGGAACCAAUAGCCAACUUCCGAGCCAGCUGGAAGAGUCGGUUUCCUCGGCACCAGCCCACCCAGAGCCCGAGAAAGAGCCCACAGGUACUUCGGGCCCUGUGCAGAGACCUCAGCUGUCCAAGGUCAAGAGGAAGAAGCUAAAGGGGCUCUUCAGUUAAACUGCCCACUCUCUCAGCUGCUGAGGGUGGACUUGGAGAGUAGUUCCCUAGGGCCGCCUUGAAAGGAGCUCCUGCGGCAGCAGUGUCUCUGCCACGGUGUCCCAGUCAGAGGCAGGCUUGCCGAAGUCCACCCAGGUCACCGGAGGCCGCCUGAGCUGGUACUGUUCAACAAGCGAAUCUUGGUUCCAGCCCCUCGGGCACUGGCCUUCCCUGUCCGAGUGGAAGCCAGUCUAGGAAUCCGAUACUUGCCUCUCUUUCGGUGAAGGGUCCCUGGACCCAGGACCCUACCGUGGGCUUCAGGUAUACAGGACAUGUCAGCAAAAAGGCACAACGUGCUUAGGAAGCCUUGCCUAUCUUUCUCAGGUGUCCCCCUAGCCAGUCCCAGGUGCUCCUCAGGGACCCGCUCCUCCCUUUAGCAUGGAAUAAAAACCCUCACGCUCCGCUGCUUACUUGUUCUGUGGAACCCAUUGCCCGCUUCACUUCAAUGGACCCCAUCCCACUAUUGUCUCGGGUUCAAGUCCAUGCCCGCAGUCCAAUCCUUCAGGCUCUUAUGCUUCUCUGCCGUGGGUGUGCUCAGCCCCUGCGUGGGGACGUUAAUCUUGAGAACUCUCUCUGUGGUGGGCACCAGGCGGAGCAGGCGGCCUGUGCUCCCCUUUGCCCAACUGAUGUGAGGAUUUUUUGUGGCGGAGGGUGGGGUCUGAUUCCAAGGCGUAGACAACAGGUUAAACCACAACAUGGGAUCAAUAUUACAAAGAGCUUUGAAUCGUAGGGCUAAGGUAGUUGCCCACUGGAGUGAGAGAAGAGGGAGUUUCACCUUCCCUCCACCUCAAAUAACGUAGUAACUAGAAGAACUAGGAAAGAUGGGGUGACAGAGAACAGGAAGUGGCCGCAGGAGCUCUCUGGGACAAUGUAACUGACCUAUAGAAUGAAUAGUGUGUCACGAGAAAAAGAAUGUAAAGGUUCUACGAGAUAGGCAGAAUCUUAGACGUUCAGGGAGUCAGCUCUUUGGGCAGAUCUGGCAAGAUUGAGCAGACCAGGAUUCGCCAAGUCGCCUGACCUUCUCUGCUA